AAAGCAGAUACACAUAACAUACACUUCUGUUUGUGUGCUCAAUCCUGUAUCUCAUCUCCUUAGCCCUUGGUGCGUUCAUUACGUGACCGUGGCUUCUGGAUUUCUCUAUCUAUGAAAGCAACAGCACAUUGUAUUGAUUACCUGUUGUUAUGCGUCUAAUUAGUGAUGAUGAUCCGGCUAUAGGCCAAAUGAGCAACUAAACUUAGACGGCAUGUCAAGUGCUUCGUCGCCCGCGGCACCCACAGCCGAUGGGCCAGCAGGAUCUAACACCUUCUACACCGCUCCUAGCCUUGGCGCUGGCUUAAGAGGCAUCGAGCUUGACCGCUGUUACGUUGGCGACUACGUCGGGGGCCGUCGCCAUGGCUUCGGUACCUACACGUACCCCAACUCCUUUUUCCAAUACGAAGGACAGUGGGUCAACGGCAAGAAGCAUGGUCUGGGCAAGCUCACCAUGCGUGACGGCGCCUACUAUGAGGGGGAGUUCGUGGAGGGGGAGAUCAUGGGGCAGGGCACUCGGCGCUUUGCGAACGGCGACGUGUACAUAGGCUCAUUCGAGAUGGGCGAGAUGCACGGUUUCGGAGUGAUGCGUCUGGCGAAUGGGGACAUGUACAAGGGCCCCUUCGUGCACAACGCCUUUGAGGGUGUUGGCGUGUACACCCACGCGCAGGGUGACGUGUUCCAGGGCGAGUUCGUGCGACACAAGCGCCGGGGGCACGGAGUGCUCACGUGCGCGGACGGCAGCAGGUACGAGGGCGGCUGGUCCGACAACCAGCGCAGCGGCCAGGGCGAGGCCACCUACAGCGACGGCAGCCGUUACCGCGGCAGCUGGGAGCGCAGUCGCUACCAGGGGCAGGGCGAGUGGUUCCAGGCGGCCACCGGGCUCACCUAUCGCGGGGUGUUCGAGGGCGGGCAGCCGGCGCAGGUGCCCUCCGCACUCACCAUCACCUGGGUGGCGGAGGAGGACCCCAAGGGGCGGGGCAAGCGGGCGGCGGGCGGGGGAGGCAGGGGGAGCGACUCGGAUGGAGUGACGCCGCUGCCGAUCGUGCUCGGGGAGCCCUGUCCACUGCCCAUCACCAUCGCCGCGCAGCUGCAGGAGCCGCUGCCCCCCUCCGCCUCAACCGAGCUCUCCGCGCCGCCUGACGCCCGCGGCAAGGCGGGGGCCAAGAGCCCGCCCGGCACCACGGGCCUGCGGGUGCUGGUGCAGAACCAGCCGCCCGAGCCGGGGCAUGUGUGGCGUACGGCGGAGAUGGAGUGGGGUCGCCAGGUGAACCUGACCCUGCAUGCCGAGCCCCCCCGCCCGCUGCCCCCCGGCCGGCUGCUGCGGGUGCUGCUGGUGCACACGCUCAUGCCCGACGGCGCCACCACCCGCGUGCGGCUGCUGCUCAACACGGCGGAGGUGCUGGGGCCGCCGCUGCCACUGGCGCGGGUGCAGGGGCAGCUGGUGGCCAGCAUGCAGGUGGAGCUGCAGGCGGGUCAGCGAGUGGUGGAGGGGCUGGUGAUCGGGUCGGCCGAGGACACGGAGCGGCUGGUGCUGCCGGCGGGGGUGGGCUUCCUGGUGGCGUCCACGGCGGGGGGCAGGGUGGCGGCGGGGGUGUGCCGGGUAGCGCUGCCGGAGCCCAAGGGAAGCAAGAAGCCGGGAGGCAGGUAGGCAGGUGGGUGGGUGGGUGGGUAGGAGGAGCGAGGCGUGGCGAUAUGGAUGCAACUGGUGGUUGUGGUGGAGGUGGCAGUGGGGGUAGUGGAAGCUGGAUGCGGUGAGGGUGUGUUGGUCGUUGUGGUGGUGGUGGAGUCCAUGGAUGGUCGCGGAAAGCGCAAGAGGGCACAAGAAACAUGAAGGGAAAAACUAAAUGGAAGUGAAGCAGGAAGAUGAGGAAGGGGGGUAAACAGGAAGGUUAGGGUGAGACGCUGAGGAGGGCGGUGUACCUGGAGGCAGCGCCUGUCGGGUCCCCGGGGCGGUGGUGAAAAGGCAUGCAGGCGGAGAUGUGAGGUGAACCUAAUAUCGGUACGGCAUCUGGACCUUGGCUGUGUGACCGUUGCAAGCCAUGUCACUGUGGCAUGCCUGCAGGCCGAUUGGAUGUUGGCCCUUGAACAAGUGCAGCAGCUGUGCCGUGCCGGAUUACAAUUUGCGUCAUGCUAAAUACCAUCCGAAGUGGCGAAGUGGCUCCGCCAUGUAGCACAACCGGAUGAAAGAGGGGCAGCUGCUUCCAUGCAUACCCCGCAUGGAGCCGCAUGGGACGGGGUGAUCCCAUGCACGUCGCGCAGGGUACGGCAAGGGGUGCCAGCAGCGCUACAGCAGUGAAAAAAUGAUCGUGAAGUGGUGGUCUGCGUCUUGCAAUGUGCGGCUGUGAUACCGGUACCCAUAGAGGUGCGGUGAGGCUUGAUGCAUGCCGCAUGGGUUAAUAGGCCUUGGAAGCAGCGGGUUGGGGAAAUGGUGUGGACGUCACAAGUUACCGGUAAGAGUACGAACCAACAAUACACAGGGAGCAGUUCAACCAACGGUGUGAUCGACAUUUCGGAAACAACAUGCCAACUGUACCGGUAUGCUAAGCGGCACUGCUGACGCUGGGUAUAUACUAAAUGUAUCUUCGCAAUGUAACGUAAGGCUCUUAAUCA